AAGACAAGCGAUUGCAGGAAAUGUCAUGAUAAUCUUCCCUCAAUGAUUCCUCAUGGUUUCGGCAAUGACAUGUUCUGCGGGACUCGUUUCAGGUGGUUUCGAGGGAAGUUGCUGGGGCAAGGAGCUUUCGGGACAGUGUUUUCUGCUUGGGACGUCGACGGAAACGAUGGGAAAGGGCAAGUCGUCGCGGUGAAGGAGGUGGAGCUGAUGGGAUCGAGAGCUGGGAAGGUGGAGAGGGAGAUCAGCAUCAUGUCUGCAUUGUCGCAUCCUUCCAUCGUUACCCUCCUCGGCUCAGAGCGGACGGACACAACACUCUUCAUCCUCAUGGAGUAUGCACAUGGCGGAUCGCUGGCAGACCUCGCGAAAGCAAGCAAGGGCCUCGAGGAGACCGUUGCACGGGAGUACACAGCCCAGCUCCUGCUGGGGCUGGAGUACCUCCACAACAACGGCAUCCUGCACCGAGACAUCAAGGGUGCGAACUGCCUGCUCUUCCCUGCAAUGGACAACGAGAUCACAUCGGCGAAGGGAGUCGAGUCCUUGAAGAUGAUCGCGAAACUCGCGGACUUCGGAGCCAGCAGGAUGUUCGACGAGCCGAGCUCGGGCAGGGACCCAGCUGGGACGAUUAACUGGAUGGCGCCGGAGAUCGUUCUGGACAAGCAUGCGGGAAGGUCGGCGGACAUCUGGUCGUUGGGGAUGACGGUGGUGGAGCUGAUGACUGGGAAGAUGCCAUGGGAAGGGUUGAACACGAUGGCGGUGCUGAUGAAGAUAGCCAAGUCGGAGGAUCUGCCAGAGCUGCCCCCAGGGCUCUCAGAGACAGGGAGGAGCUUCAUCUUAUCCUGCCUGCAACGAGAGGCCUCGCGACGGCCC